CUCUCUCUCUCUCUCCGCCAAAACCCUCUCUCUCUCUUCAAAGGCUUCUCCUUCUCCACUGCAAGCGCAAACUAUCGUCCGGGAAUCCAUCCGAGAAUACAGAAGACAUCUCUCUCCCCCCCCCCCCCCCUCUCUCUCACUCUGUUCGUGUUCGUUGUGUAAUCUUCUUCUCGUGCAUUCGUGCAUUCAUUGUGUUGGGUGAUUCUCUGAUAAGAUUCUGAAUCAUUGAGGGAGAGAAUCAUUGAGUGAGAGAGGACUUGGGAUUUCUCGAGGUCACUGAGCUAUGGCUGCGAGGAAACUAUUCAGAGAUUAUUUGGCCAAAAGGGUUUCUUCGAGCUCUAUUGGAGGGGGCGCCAGACGUUACUGCUCCUCUUCUUCUUCCUCUGCUUCUUCAUCUGCUGCUGCUUCAGAGUCUUACCCCAGAAUCCCGCAUUUCUCCAAACGAGGGAGACUGCUGACUGGAGCCACCAUAGGAUUGGUAAUAGCAGGCGGAGCUUAUGUGAGUACUGUAGAUGAGGCAACUUUCUGCGGUUGGCUAUUCUCAGCGACCAAACUCGUCAAUCCAUUGUUUGCUCUUCUGGAUGCUGAAUUCGCUCAUACACUUGCGGUAUCAGCUGCUGCACGGGGCUGGGUCCCAAGGGAGAAACGGCCUGAUCCAUCAAAUUUGGGACUGGAGGUUUGGGGAAGGAAGUUCUCAAAUCCUGUGGGUCUCGCUGCUGGAUUUGAUAAAAAUGCUGAGGCUGUCGAAGGUUUAUUAGGGAUGGGCUUUGGCUUUGUAGAGGUUGGCUCCGUAACCCCUGUUCCACAGGAAGGUAACCCAAAGCCACGAAUCUUCAGAUUGCGCAAAGAAGGUGCUAUUAUAAAUCGAUGUGGGUUUAACAGUGAAGGCAUUGUGGUGGUAGCCAAGCGACUCGGUGCCCAACAUGGUAAAAGGAAGUUGGAUGAGACUUCUAGUACAUCGCCUGUGUCUGGCGAUGAUGUAAAACAUGGAGGAAAAGCUGGUCCUGGCAUUCUCGGUGUGAACCUUGGGAAGAAUAAGACGAGUGAAGAUGCUGCAGCAGAUUAUGUGCAGGGGGUCCAUACAUUGUCACAAUAUGCAGAUUAUUUGGUGAUUAAUGUCUCUUCUCCAAAUACUCCAGGACUGCGCAUGCUUCAAGGAAGAAAGCAGUUGAAAGAUCUUGUUAAGAAGGUUCAAGCUGCCCGUGAUGAAAUGCAAUGGGCUGAGGACGGUUCACCUCCAUUGCUUGUCAAGAUUGCUCCAGACUUGUCCAAAGAAGACCUUGAGGAUAUUGCUGCGGUUGCCCUUGCUCUCCGCCUCGAUGGACUGAUCAUAUCAAACACAACAAUUUCACGGCCGGAUCCUGUCAAACAAAAUCCAGUAUCUGAGGAGGCUGGUGGUUUGAGUGGAAAACCUCUUUUUAAUUUGUCCACAAAUAUCCUAAGGGAAAUGUAUAUUUUAACGAGGGGGAAGAUUCCUCUGAUCGGCUGUGGUGGUAUAAGCAGUGGUGAAGAUGCAUACAAGAAAAUAAGAGCGGGUGCGACACUGGUUCAGCUUUACACAGGAUUUGCUUAUGUGGGUCCUGCUCUCAUUCCAAAGAUAAAGGCUGAACUAUCCAAGUGCUUACAAAGGGACGAUUUCAAGAACAUAUUGGAAGUAGCGGGGACAGAUUGCAUAUUGUGUUUGCAGGUUUUCCUUCACCCGGCCUCAUGAUCUUCACCCAUUUGAAUGAGUUCUCUAUUUCAUUUGAUAUAUAUAUAUAUAUAUAUACUCUUAUGAAAUGUUUUGGUUUCGAAUGUAUUUCCAUUUUUUUGUCAUUCCCAUUUUUAUUUCACCCUUCCUUAUUGUUGGGUUGCAGAUCUUUCUCCGCUUGUAUCAUAUGAGAAUUUUGUUGUCUGUUAACAAUGAAGUUGUGAAGGGAUAAUACAUUUGUGCCAGUGGACUCUUU